AUGUCUGACUUUUCAGCGUAUGGAGGUCCGAGUGACGAGUGGCUCGCCGUGCAGGCUACCUUACCACCGCAACCCGCGACAGAUCAGCCGCUUUCGGCGUUCAAACACGUCGUCAACAAGGGCCGUGAGACGAUGGCAGCAGAGGCGAUGAAAUCCCUAGCUCCGCAGGUCCACAUCAAGGAUUUCAAGAUCCCGACACGGGACGGGAGCUCUAUUGAGGCUCGAACCUAUCGUCCCGUCUCUAUUCACCAAGCUGAAUUGCUGCCCGUUUAUAUCCAUUUGCACGGCGGUGGCUUUUUAUUCGGCUCUCUAGCCUCCGAGGACGCCAUCUGCGCCCGUAUUGCUUGCGGAGCUGAAGUCGUCGUUCUAAAUGUUGAUUACCGUCAUACACCGGAACACAUUUACCCUACCGCGUGGAAUGAUACCGAGGAUGCCUUCGAAUGGGCUCACGCUAAUGUGAGCGAAUUUGGUGGCGACGGCCAGAAGUUGGUGAUUGGAGGCAUCUCGGCAGGCGCACAGCUUGCGGCCUCGCUCACACUGGAACAGCACCUGAAGACGACGAGCGAAGGCCCUGGGUCCCUCCCCGUCAUUGCUGGACAGGUGUUAAUGAUCCCAUGCCUCACUCACAGUGAGUGCUAUGAGCCACAACUCAAGCGGUUGACAAGCCCUUCUUUGUGGAGCUACAAGGAAAACGAAGAUGCACCGAUACUGCCUGUGAAGGUUGCGAGAUACUUUAUUGAUCUACUACAGAUUAAGGAUCCUCAGGUUGAUGAUACAAGGCUCAAUCCAGGCAAUGCCACACCUGCGCAAGUAGAAGGACUUCCACCGACCGUGUUUGGAAUUGCCGGUCUGGAUCCUCUCAGAGAUGAAGGGUUGCUGUAUGCCAAAUUGUUGACCGAGGCUCGGAUUCCCACAGAUGUCAACCUGUUUCAAGGUGUGCCGCAUGGGUUUCGUCGGUUUGGAGACAGCCUGUCGGCCUCGGCGAGGUGGGACAAGGUCAUGGAGGAUGGAAUUCGAUGGGCGUUAUCGAAGCCCUCGCCUGCUGACGACUUUGUCAUAAAGACUUAA